AUGAAGAGCCCCCAAACCUUUGAGGAGCAAACGGAAUGCAUUAUAGACUCUCUACUCACAGACUUCUUAGGUCCCACUUGUCAGGUUGCUAACCGGACCCUACGUUGUGCAGACGAAGUAGAUUCAGGAGAGGUCUUCUCUUUUGAUGUGGCCAUCAUUGCUGGUCGCCUUCGGAUGUUGGGUGACAAGUUCAAUGGAGAAUUGGAAGCUUCUGCCAAAAACAUCAUCGCAGAAACCAUUCAGGGACAGGCAGGAGCUAUACUUCAGGACACAGUUAAUUCUCUCAGCAAGGCCUGGUGUGCCCAGGAUUCCAGCUUGGCUUAUGAGAGAGCCUUUCUGGCAGUGUCAGUGAAACUUCUUGAAUGUGUGGUCCGUAUGACUCCUGAGAUGGCAAGACAGGUGGCUACGCCCAUGACAAAUAUGAUCAUUGGGAACACUGCCAUCCGAGAGUAUAUCCAGGGCCAGGGAGGUUGGGAAAAUCUGGAGAGCUGAAGAAGAGGUGGAGCUGUUUUCCAGCCUGAAAAACUUUGAUCUUCUUUGACUGAUCGGGUGAUAGAUCUCUGGCAAUUAAAACAGAAACAACCAAAUCAAAACCUUCUUUCUCUUGGACAGAACUGAACUUAGCUGAAUAACCUGUUUUCUACUGAUUGUUAAAGUUAGGAGCAGCUCCCAGAGGUCUGUAGAGAUUUUAUACUUUCUGUUUUUACAUGAGUUUUAAUGAGGUUUUGUUGAAGCAAAGACCUCCAGACUUAAAGUAGUGGCUCAUCAGUAGUGGAAUUCCAGGCAACAGGGCAGGCAUUUGCUGGAGAUACUGUGGGGAAAAGGGAACACACAGUAAACCAUUCCUUCAGAUUUAGUCCUGUCCUCUGGUAAGGAUCUUGUCUACUAAUUUUGCAGUCUAAAGGGUUUCAGGGAGAUCUUUGGUUAGAAAACCUUGUUAUUUUAAGUUGAGGAUUUUCUUUUAAAUUCAUAACCUAAAUCUCAUAUUAAUUUCACCUGAGCCAACUUACUUUAUGUAUUUUCAAGGCUGGAAGCAAAAAAAAUAGCACUUUGUUCAUCUGCUCUUCUACUAGGAAGGCCAAAGAGCAAUAAAACAGUUGCUGCAUUUUUAUUGCCACAGGAUGCAGGAAGUGCUGGCCCACUUCGGGGACAGUAGGGCCAUCCCAGCUUAGAUGAGGCUAGCUACAUACCACAGUGUUUUUCAAAGUACAGUUUACAUACCACUUGCAUGUGACCUUAUAUGUUGCUGAUUUCCAGGCCCCAUCCGCUAGAGAUUCUGAUUCUGUAGGGGAGGGCUGGGGCCCAGGUUCCUAACUUUUUAAUCAGAUCCACUGGUGAUUCUAAUAUACACAUAAAUUUUGAGAACUGUCACUUUAGAGCAAGGGUUGGGAAAUUAGAGCCCACAGGCCCAAUCAGCCCACCGCUUUUAAAAUUUUUUUUUGUAAAGAAAGUUUUAUUGGAAUGCAGCUACACUCACUUGUUUACAUAUUAUUUAUGGCUGUUUUAGCAUCGCAGCAGCAGAGUUGAGUAGUUAUAGCAGACACCAUAUAGCCUGUCCUGUAAAGCUUAAAAUAUUUACUAUCUGGCCCUUCAAGUUUGCAGACCCCUCCUCUAAAGCUAAAUGAACAUUUCUCCUUGUGUAAUUUAAACUCUGUUGCAAUCAUGAUAAUUCCAAACAGAGCUGUAGAUAGGGUAACUCCUUUUUCAGAAUUUCGUCUGAGUGUUUGUUAGUUUUUGCAUAGUCCACACUUUCUUUAGAACCUUUGGCAAAAGGAGCUCUAUGACUCCUGAGAAUUCGAUAGAAGGUAUACAUUUCCCUGGCCCUGCCACAAGUGAUUGGAGGUAAAACAUAUGGUUUCUAUGGUCUGUGUAUCUCAUAGCAGUUCUUAAUAAUCUCAUAGAUUAGUAAGCAGUCAUCAAAUAGAGACUUUUUCAUCUCUAAGUCCCCAAACCAGACGAUUUACCUGAACAUCAAGAAGAAAAUCACUACUAAAGCAUUACUAUACCUAUUUUUCUAAGAGAGGCGUUAAUGGCUUUGGCUAAAGUUUAACAAAGUUAACCACAUCCCCUCCCUUCACCCAGCCAGCCAUCUGGCUCCCCUAGAUACACAGAAAUAAAGCUGUAGUGCUGUUAAUGUAUUCUGACUUUUUCAAGUUAUGCUAUUUCCUCUAUUCUUCGAUAAAUCACAAUUAGGUUAGUAAUCCAGAAAUGAGAUUUCAUGUUUCUCUUUAGUAGAAAUUAUCUGUUUUUGCUACCAAUUUAAGACACUUGAUGUAUUCCUUUGUCCCUUACAUUACUGUAAACUCAGCAUGGUGAGUUUUGUGGUAUUUGACCUCUUAAGUGAAAUCAUUAUUUUCACUUUGACUAAUGCUGUUCUGUUCCUGAAAUAAAAUUCUUCUCUCUAUGCAUUUGAACUAAUUCUCAGCAAGUGUAAUCUAAAUU